AUGGCUGUCGAAAAUGUCCGCUUGCUAGAUCGAAUAUCUUCCAAAAAAGCAGCCCUAGGAACUUUGUAUUUGACGGCCACUCAUGUCAUAUUCGUGGAAAAUGCACCCGACACAAGAAAGGAAACAUGGAUUCUUCACAGCCAGAUUUCCACCAUCGAAAAACAGGCAACAACUGCUACUGGAUGCCAUCUGCUCAUUCGUUGCAAGAACUUCCAGCUCUUACAACUCAUCAUCCCCCAGGAGAGAGACUGCCAUGACGUGUACAUCUCUCUGAUACGCCUCACGAGGCCAGUUAAAUACGAGGAGUUAUACUGCUUUUCAUUCAACCCCAAGCUGGAUAAAGAAGAAAGAGAGCAAGGCUGGCUGCUGCUGGACCUCAGUGAAGAGUACCAGCGCAUGGGCCUCCCUGACGACCACUGGCAGCUCAGCGAUGUGAACAGAGACUACAGAGUUUGUGACUCCUACCCGACCGAGCUGUACGUUCCCAAAUCGGCCACAGCACACAUCAUAGUGGGGAGUUCCAAGUUCCGGAGCAGACGGCGGUUUCCUGCCCUUUCCUACUACAGUAGAGAGAACCACGCCUCCAUCUGCCGGAGCAGCCAGCCCCUGUCCGGCUUCAGCGCCCGGUGCCUGGAAGAUGAGCAGAUGCUCCAGGCCAUCAGGAAAGCCAACCCAGGGAGCGACUUCAUUUACGUCGUGGACACGCGGCCUAAACUUAACGCCAUGGCAAACCGCGCUGCCGGGAAAGGCUACGAGAAUGAAGACAAUUAUUCCAACAUCAAGUUCCAGUUCAUCGGGAUAGAGAACAUCCACGUCAUGAGAAACAGUCUGCAGAAGAUGCUGGAAGUGUGUGAGCUGAAGUCUCCCUCCAUGAGCGACUUUCUGUGGGGACUGGAGAACUCUGGCUGGUUAAGGCACAUCAAGGCCAUCAUGGACGCAGGAACUUUCAUUGCCAAGGCGGUCGCAGAGGAAGGGGCGAGUGUGCUGGUGCACUGCUCCGACGGCUGGGACAGGACCGCGCAGGUGUGCUCCGUGGCCAGCCUCCUGCUGGACCCGCACUACCGGACCCUGAAGGGCUUCAUGGUAUUAAUUGAAAAGGACUGGAUCUCCUUUGGCCAUAAGUUUAAUCACAGAUAUGGCAAUCUAGACGGUGAUCCAAAAGAAAUCUCUCCAGUUAUUGACCAGUUCAUCGAGUGUGUCUGGCAGUUAAUGGAACAAUUUCCUUGUGCGUUUGAGUUCAAUGAGCGGUUUCUGAUUCACAUUCAACAUCACAUAUAUUCCUGCCAGUUUGGAAACUUCCUAUGUAACAGUCAAAAGGAGAGACGAGAACUCAAAAUUCAAGAAAGAACAUACUCUUUAUGGGCUCACCUGUGGAAGAAUCGGGCCGACUACACGAAUCCUCUCUUUAGAGCUGAUCACAGUCAGACCCAGGGAAUCCUUCGUCUCCCCACGCCAUGCAACUUCAUGUACAAGUUCUGGAGUGGCAUGUACAACCGCUUUGAGAAGGGGCUGCAGCCCCGACAGUCGGUCACCGACUACCUCAUGGCAGUGAAGGAGGAAACGCAGCAGCUGGAGGAAGAACUGGGGGCCCUAGAAGAGAGGCUGGAAAAAAUCCAAAAAGUCCAGUUAAAUUGCUCCAAAGUGAAGAGCAAGCCAGCUGAGCCCAGCAAACACUCGGGGUUCUCCACCUCGGACAACAGUGCAGCCAACACUCCCCAGGACUACAGUGGGAACAUGAAGUCAUUCCCAUCCAGGAGCCCCUCCCAAGGCGACGAAGACUCCGCUCUGAUCCUAACCCAGGACAACUUGAAAAGCUCAGACCCAGACCUGUCAGCCAACAGCGAUCAGGAGUCUGGCGUGGAGGAUCUAAGCUGCCGCUCUCCAAGUGGAGGGGAGUGUGCGCCCAGCGAGGACAGCGCCAAGGACCGGGACUCUGACGAAGCCGUGUUUCUAAUGGCCUGAAGCUUCCCUCGAGCUCCAACAUAAAGGACAUGCAAGAAACACCUUCCAAAAUAAGGGAACAGUGCAAUUUAAGAUAAAAAGUAACUCAAGAAAUGGUACGUGUAAUCGAUAAUUAUAAAAUAUAGCAAUGAAAAGGGGGGGGGGAGUCCAACUCUUAGUUUCCUUAGGUGUUGAAGAACAGGAAGUAUACAUUUUUUUGUCAAAUAAAUAUCAAGGGUAUUAUCCCAUUUCGAAAAUUAUUCUAGUCUAUGAAAGUUUUAUUCACUACAAUGAAUGACCUCUAGCAUCACCUAAGGUUAUCUACAUAAACCUUCCUGGUCACAGCAUGUACCUGCUCAGCUCAAAAAGUGCUCUGACCCUUUGCCUGCACGCCUGCUAUCAUUUUUCCCACUUAUUUCAUUUCCUGAUGCAUAUUUUAUUUCCUAAAACAUUUGACAUUAUCCUUCCUGCCUGUCAUUAAUACUUCUAACAACAGAGGGCAGUGUUGAGAUGUAACCUUUUGAUUAAUAGGUCUAUUUCUGUAACUGAAGAGCUUUGUAAUUGCUUCAGCUUAUCUUUCAGGUUUCAUGAUCACUCUAACUUUUCCUUAGAUAAUAUUUUUUGAAUUGUUAUAAUAAUCUUGUUGCUUUAUUUUGGAAUAUCUUAUUUCUCCUCAAGUUUUAAAAAAUGCUAACACUUAUAACUCACUUUUUCCUCUAACACGGGUCAAAUACUUAAUAAAGUAAAAGCAACAUUU